AUGUUAAAGGUGUUGGCAUCUUGUUGCUUGUUUAUAUCCCUCUUUCUUCCACUACACGCGGCUGAAAAUGGGCUCCGUUGCAAUUGUGAUGAGGACGGGCUUUGGACCAUCGAGAACAUCAUGGAGUGCCAGAGGAUAAGUGACUUUCUCAUUGCAGUUGCUUAUUUCUCAAUCCCGAUCGAGCUUCUCUACUUCGUGAGCUGCUCGAACAUCCCCUUCAAAUGGGUUCUUUUUCAGUUCAUCGCCUUCAUCGUCCUCUGUGGCGCGACCCACCUGCUCACUGGGUGGACCUAUGGGCCCCACUCCUUCCAGCUCACGCUCGCCCUCACAAUUUUCAAAUUUCUAACGGCCCUGGUCUCGUUCGCAACAGCCAUAACCCUCAUAACACUCAUCCCCUUACUGCUCAAGGUGAAAGUGAGGGAGUUCAUGCUGAGGAAGAAGACAUCGGACCUCGACCGUGAGGUUGGAAUCAUAAAGAAGCAGAAUGAGGCUGGUGUCCACGUCCGGAUGCUGACUCAGGAGAUUCGAAGAUCCCUUGACCGCCACACGAUUCUCUACACGACAUUGGUCGAGCUCUCGAAAACGCUCGACUUGAAGAACUGCGCCAUCUGGAUGCCGAACGCGGACAAAACCGAGAUGAACCUCACCCAUGAAUUAAAGGAAAAUAAUAUGAAGAACAAUCUGAAUAUUGCAACGAGUGACCGUGAUGUAAAAGAGAUUAUGUUAAACGACGGGGUAAAAAUACUCAAUUCCGAUUCUGCCCUAGCUGUUCUGAGUAAUGGAGGGUGUGCCGACCCUGGAUCCGUGGCUGCAAUCCGGAUGCCGAUGCUGAGGGUCUCUAAUUUCAAGGGUGGAACCCCCGGGAUGGUCCCUGCCUGCUAUGCUAUCCUUGUACUGGUCCUUCCGGAAGGUCAGAACCGGACUUGGACCAAUCACGAGCUGGAAAUAGUCGAGGUGGUGGCCGACCAAGUGGCCGUGGCCCUGUCUCACGCCUCGGUUCUCGAGGAGUCCCGGAUGAUGAGAGAAAAGCUGGUCGAGCAGAACCGAGCCCUGCAGCAGGCCCAGCAAGACGCUCUGAUGGCAAGCCAGGCCCGGAAUGCUUUCCAGGCAGUGAUGAGCGACGGGAUGAGGCGCCCCAUGCACUCUGUUUUGGGCCUGCUGUCGGUUUUGCAGGAUGAGAAGGGUUUGGUGAACGAGCAGAGGCUACUCGUGGACAGCAUGGUGAAGACGGGCAAUGUCCUCUCGACUUUAAUAGCUGACAUGAUGGAUGCUUCCGGGAGGCUUUUCCCUUUGGACGUAGGGCCCUUUCAGCUGCAUCCCUUAGUACAGGAGGCUGCAUGCCUCUCCAAAUGCCUGAGCUCCUAUAGAGGCUAUGAUUUUGUGGUCGAGGUCGAUCGGCGCUUGCCAAAUCACGUGGUGGGAGAUGAGAGGAGGGUAUUUCAGGUAAUUUUGCACAUGGUGGGUAGUCUGUUGAUCGGUGGAGGAGGUGUUCUCGUGAUGCGGGUGUUUUUGGACGAAGGGAGCCGGGGAUCGAAUGAGCGGAGGUGGGCUCGCUCGAGGGACGGGUGUUCUUAUGUCAGGGUUGAGGUUGGGGUUUGCCAUGAAGGGUUCCAGGCGCAAGCUGGAUCUUCGCUUAUUCCGUUUGGAGCCAAUAGAUAUUUCUUUGGUGGUGGGGCUGAAGAAAGCACGAGCUUCAGCGCGUGCAAGAAACUGGUUCAGUUGAUGCAAGGAGACAUGUGGGUGGUAUCCAAUCCAGAUGGUUUCGACCAGAGCAUGGCUCUCCUUCUGCGUCUCCAACUCCGGCCAUCGAUUUCAACAACAGCCAUAUCUGAAAAUCUGUGUGAAUCUUCCGAUCGUCUCCUUUCAACUUCCCUCUUCCAGGGCCUAAAAGUUCUUUUGGCCGAAGCAGAUGAUGUCAACCGAGCUGUCACUCGCAAAUUGCUCGAGAAGCUUGGGUGCUCAGUCAUGGUGGUUGGGUCCGGGUUCGAGUGCCUCAGCGCUCUUGGCCCAGCCACACCUUUAUGCCAGGUCGUGCUUUUAGAUCUUCACCUGCCUGAUCUUGAUGGGUUAGAAGUCACGUUGAGAAUACGCAAGUUGAGGAGCCGCAAUUAUGGGCCGUUGAUUGUGGGUCUGACCUCAAGCGAUGGCGAGGACAUUAGGGAGAGGUGUUUUGGGAUCGGGAUGAACGGCGUGAUUAGGAAACCAGGGACUUUUCAAGAUAUUGGUUGUGAGCUCAGGCGAGUUUUGGCACAAGCGAAUAGGGUCGUAAUAUCUUGA